GCAACCAGAGGAGAGAGGGAGGGAGGGAGGGAGAAAAGCUUGUUGCAGAUGUCACAAAGGCCCAAGAGAGGCUGGAGGAAAGCAGGAGGAAAACUAUCCACAGUGACACUCUGUAGACAUGCGCGCUCUCCCAGGGGAGGAGAGGAGGACCCCGGGACUCCGGAUGUCAACCAGCCCAAAGCUUCACUGGAGGUAAAGGUCAGGAUCCUGCCGCCAUGCCAUUCAGGAGAUGCCUCCCUCAUGGGAGAAGCCGCUGGAGCCGCCUGAAGCCCCUGGAGUCCGGGCGCCAGGGCAGGGGCCUCCUCGCGUCCGCUGUGCCCAUAGGCUUGGUGUCAGAUCCAGGGAGCAGACUUGACCUGAAGCGCUUCUUGCACGUGGGCUGGAUUCUGCGCUCCUUAAGGCCCCCUCUCAGGUCCUCUGCCUGCCAUGUUGCGGGGCAUCAACAGGCACCAGCUCAGCCUGCUUCCCCCAAGCUCAGCCAGAUGGCACUGAAGAAUGUGGGCACUCCCGAGGCCAUCCAGAAGCAUCAAAAAAGCCUAGCGAACUGGUUCCGCCAGCAGCCGAACGAAGAGAGACAGUUUGGCCCCUCCUUUGCGUUGGGCGCCAUCCACGUGGACCCCGUGAUCCGGGAAAGUUCACUAGAAGAGAUCCUGAAGCCCUCUCCGGACCUGACGAUCCAGAACCAGCUCCAGGCCUCCUGCAACCAGGUGAUCGGCCUCCAGAAUCUCUUCGACGUGGAUGCCUGUGGGCAGCAGGUGAAGAACGUGGUCCUGUACGGGACAGUGGGCACGGGAAAGAGCACCCUCAUCAAAAAGAUGGUGAUGGAUUGGUGCCACGGGCGCCUGCCCCGCUUUGAGUUGCUCAUCCCGUUCUCUUGUGAAGACCUCUCCCAAAGCAACGCGCCCAUCUCCUUGCGGCGCUUGAUCACCAAGAAGUACCUUCAUCUCCGGGAAGUGGUCCCCGUCUUGGGCACCACCAAUCUCAGAGUGCUCUUUAUCCUCAACGGCCUGGACCGCCUCAACCUGGACUUCCGCCUGGCCCGCACGGAGCUCUGCUGUGACCCCAAUGAGCCAAUCCUUCCGUCCGCCAUCGUGGUCAACCUGCUCAGGAAAUAUAUGUUGCCAGAGGCGAGCAUCAUUGUCACCACGCGUCCUUCUGCUGUGCGCCGGGUCCCCAGCAAAUUCGUGGGCCGCUACGUGGAAGUCUGUGGCUUCUCCGACAUCAACCUGCAGAAGCUCUACUUCCAGAUGCGCCUGCGCCAGCCCGAAUGUCUUGGAGCCUCCGGCCCCCCAACGGCGGAGGAGGCCAGCGAGCAAGACAACCUGGUGGAGAUGCUGUCCAGGAACCUGGAGAGACACAACCAGAUCGCGGCGGCCUGCUUCCUGCCGUCCUACUGCUGGCUGGUGUGCACCACCUUACACUUCCUUCACUUCACCAAGUCGGUGCCUCCAACACAGACCCUCACCGGCAUCUAUACCAGCUUCCUGAGGCUCAACUUCAGCGGGGAGGUGCUGGACAGCACAGACCCUUCUAACAUUUCCAUGAUGAAGUACGUGGCUAAAACGGUGGGCAAGCUGGCCUACGAGGGGGUGAUGUCCCGGCAGACCACUUUCUCAGAGGAGGACCUCCGCCGCUGCUUUGAGGUGGAGAUGAAGACGGAGAGCGAGCUCAACCUUCUGAACGUCUUCCGGAGAGACGUCUUCCGUUUCUUCUUGACGCCCUGCGUGCAGUCGGGGAAAGAACACACAUUUGUGUUCACCAUUCCUGCCAUGCAGGAGUAUUUAGCGGCCCUCUACAUGGUCCUGGGUGAGAAGAAGACCCUGGUGCAGAAAGUGGGCAAGGAAGUCUCGGAGGUCAUCGGCAAGGUGAGCGAAGACGUGGCCUUGGUGAUCAGCCUCGUCUCCAAAUUCUUGCCCUUGCGCAUCCUGCCGCUCCUGUUCAACCUCAUCAAGAUCUUCCCCCGUUACUUCACGCGGUUCAGCAGCAAGGACCGCGACACCAUUGCCCGCACCAUGGCGGUGGAGAUGUUCAAGGAGGAAGACUACUUCAACGACGACGUGUUGGACCAGAUCAACUUUAGCAUCCUCGGGGUGGAAGGCCCCAUGCGGCAUCCAGACGACGUGCCUGACGACGAGGUCUUCGAACUCUUCCCCAUUUUCAUGGGCGGGUUGCUCUCGCGGCGUAACCGGGCCAUCUUGGACCAGCUGGGCUGCCCCAUCAAGAACCUCACGGCUUUUGAGAUCGCCAAGGCCAUGAAGAAAACGGUCAUCCGGAACAGCCGCAAGGGCCUUCCGCCCUCCGAGCUCAUGGACUACCUCUUCUUCCUGCACGAGUUCCAGAACGAGCGUUUUACCGCGGAAGCCAUCCAGUCCUUGCGGACCAUCAACCUCUCCUCGGUCAAGAUGACCCCUCUCAAAUGCUGCGUCCUGGCAGCCGUGGUGGGCACCACCAGCCAUGAGGUGGAAGAACUGAACCUGGCCUCCUGCCACCUUGAUGUGAGCAGCCUGCAGAUUCUCUUCCCCGUCUUGCUACGAUGCAGAAAGCUCCACCUGCAGCUCAAUAGUUUGGGACCCGAAGCAUGCAAAGUGAUCAAGGAUCUUCUCUUGCACGAGAAGUGUGCGGUGAACACCUUAAGGCUUGCAGACAAUCCUUUAACUGAGCAGGGUGCCCACUACCUGGCAGAAGCUCUCGCUGGUAACACCUCUUUGAACCACCUCUCCCUGUUGCACACCUCGCUGGGCAACCAGGGCGUGAAGCUGAUCACUCAGCACCUGGUGCAGAACCAGAACCUCCGGGAACUGGAUGUGGCCUACAACUCAGUGACGGACGAAGCUGCAUUGGCCCUGGUGGAAGAGGCCAAGAGGCACGCAACGCUGGAACUGGUGCAUUUAUACUUCAAUGAGAUCAGCGAGGAAGGGAAGCAAGCCCUGCACGAGAUGCGGAAGGAGCGGGACGGCAUCAAGGUGCUCAUCUUCCUGACGAUGGGGGCCGAUGUCUCGGACUAUUGGACCAUCAUCCUGAAGGUGGUCCAGAAGAACCUGCCCAUUUGGGACCGUGACCGGGUGCAGCGCCACCUCAGCCUUUUCUUGGAGGACCUGCAGAGCAGCCGCCGGCAGACGGUCAACCCGUGGAAGAAAGCCAAGUUCAUGCGGGUGGAGAAGGAGGUCAAGCGGAUGCUGGCGGACCUUCAGCAAGGGACUCUCUAAUGCCCGGCUAGUCUGGGGGAGAAGGUCACCCACAGAAGGUGCAUCCAAACAUGGGACCCCAACUGGAAACACAGAGUAUUUUCAUCCUUGUGGGGCAAACAGUUGACUUCAGCCCUUGCCUGUGUGCUUCCCAGGGAAAUCUGGCGGCCACCGUUGGCCACAGGAUGCUGGAUUAGAGCUCACUUUGGCCUUUCAGAUUUCCCACAAAGCUAUAAAUCUGGUUUCUUUCUCCCUUCACUAUGCAGAUGACAGACAUUCAUGCCAGUGAUGUAGUGUCAGCCAAGUCCUGUCUUCCAGGAGCAUCUGGUUUCUUGCCUUUAAGGGGUGUUUUUAAACAAGUAUUUUAUCAUUUGAA